AUGGCUAAAACUUUAACUACACAUAUUCUUGAUUUAUCAUGUGGUCGACCAGCUGCUAAUGUACCAGUUCAAGUAGAAAAUCUUGUUGAUGGACAAUGGAUAUCAAUGUCAACGCCAACAAAUACAAAUAAUGAUGGUCGUGCACUUGAUUUAGUUCCUACAGAUAAAUGGCAACCUGGUCGAUGGCGUAUUAUAUUUGAUGUAGCUUCAUAUAUGCCUGAUGGAUUUUAUCCUUCUGUUACUAUUGAAUUUUGUACGAAAGAUACAGCACACUAUCAUGUACCACUUUUACUCAAUAAAUUUGGCUAUAGUACUUAUCGUGGAUCAUAA